AUGGAUGGGAAACGUGAGGUUGUGUCCCACAGCAAACAUCAGUCCGCUGCUGCUCCAGGCCCUCAGUGGCCUCCUGAAACCACCGGGGUUUCCCCCGCUUCCAGAAGCAGGAAACCAAGCCAUGACCUAACCUCCCCCACCCACCGGGCCUGCGAUCACCUGCUUCAGUUUCCUCUGGGAUUUGCAUGUCCCUUUGUCUCCUGUUCAGAGAACACAGCAAAGGUGUGCAACUGCUUGGCAACAGCCUCGCACACCCCACCCAACACACCCUCCAAAUCUCUCCCCUGGAACAGGCUCUGA